AUACUAAAAUCGGGGCUCGAUUCUGAUUUGGAAAAUCAUUUUUACUGGUUUUCGACCAAUUCGUGUGACAUUUAUUUUGUUUAAGUUUCCUUUCGGGACCAGUCUCUGACGUCAUCAGCGACUGAAAAUGGCGGACGGGGAUCUAAAUGUCGAUAGUUUGAUAGCUCGACUACUGGAAGUUCGAGGAUGUCGGCCAGGCAAGACUGUUCAGAUGACAGAGGCGGAAGUGCGCGGCCUAUGUCUCAAGUCGCGAGAGAUAUUUCUCAGUCAGCCCAUCUUAUUAGAAUUGGAGGCUCCUCUUAAAAUAUGCGGUGACAUCCAUGGCCAGUACACAGAUCUGCUUCGGUUGUUUGAAUACGGAGGUUUUCCACCAGAAUCUAACUACUUAUUUCUUGGAGACUAUGUUGACCGAGGCAAACAAUCUUUAGAAACCAUAUGUCUCUUGUUAGCAUACAAAAUCAAAUAUCCUGAGAACUUUUUUCUUCUCCGAGGGAAUCAUGAAUGCGCCAGUAUCAACCGUAUUUAUGGCUUCUAUGAUGAAUGUAAAAGGCGAUUCAAUGUGAAACUGUGGAAAACAUUUACAGACUGCUUCAACUGUCUACCUAUUGCAGCCAUUAUUGACGAGAAGAUCUUCUGUUGCCAUGGAGGUUUGUCACCUGAUCUGCAGUCUAUGGAACAGAUCCGGCGUAUAAUGAGACCAACGGAUGUCCCUGACACAGGAUUGCUCUGUGACUUGCUGUGGUCAGACCCGGACAAGGAGGUUCAGGGUUGGGGGGAGAAUGACCGAGGUGUAUCCUUCACCUUCGGAGCAGACGUUGUCUGCAAGUUCCUAAGUCGACAUGAUCUGGAUCUCAUCUGCAGGGCACAUCAGGUGGUGGAAGAUGGGUAUGAGUUCUUCGCUAAACGACAGCUGGUUACACUUUUCUCUGCACCAAACUACUGUGGAGAGUUUGACAAUGCUGGAGGAAUGAUGUCUGUAGACGACACACUCAUGUGUUCAUUUCAGAUUUUGAAACCAUCUGAGAAGAAAGCCAAGUACCAGUAUGGAGGAUUAAACUCGGGUCGACCAAUUACACCCCCUCGGGGGCCCCAGAAGAAAAAAAACUGAAAUGAGACCCCUGGAUCAAUAUCAUCUUCAUCACACACCCAUCACUAUAUUUGUACCGCUGACAGGCAACAAACCAAUCAGGAUUGAUCUUACAUCUGACAGGCAACAAACCAAUCAGGGUUGAUCUUACAUCUGACAGGCAACAAACCAAUCAGGAUUGAUCUUAAAUCUGACAGGCAACAAACCAAUCAGGGUUGAUCUUACAUCUGACAGGCAACAAACCAAUCAGGGUUGAUCUUACAUCUGACAGGCAACAAACGACAGGCAAAAAAUCAAGACCACUAAGAAUGUUGUUUGUGUGUAUAUGAAUAUCUGCUGAGUUGAUGCAAAGGAAAUUUAUGAGGUUGUACAGAUAUUUGAAAUUGUAAUUUGGUUAAAAUGUAUAUGGACAGUACAUUUGUUUUUAUUAGACUUGUUGAACUGGUUCCAAACACUUCUCAAAGUUUGGACUUUCUUGCUGUCCAGCAUAUAUCCUGCACUGAAAUAUAUGACCAAAGUUAUAUGAGGUGUAGUUUCACAGACCUAUUUGCUGACAUAACAGUCGUACAACUUCUUUUCCUUCGUUCUGUUAAAUGUUUUUGUUACCCCUGUAUUUAAAGACGGUAAAGAUAAUGUUGGACAUCAAGACAUUUGUGGUGAGUGUAUAUUAACUGAUGUACCACAAGUUUUAAUUUUGUAGGUAAAAGUAAAUCUGCACCAGUUUUGGGACACAAUACAUUGAUUAGGCUCAUGAAGCAAUGGUUGCAUGGCUCUUAAAAUAAGGGAGGGAAGUGUGGAUUUUGUUUUUUGACUGUUAUCAAUGUAAUUAUCACCCUCACCAAAUAACCUCCCAUAUUAUCACUAGGGGUAAAACGAUACAGGAAGGUCACGAUACGAUGCAUAUCACGAUACAAAGGUUCAAAAGGAAAAGCUAGCUGUAGAAACUUAUUUGUUGUGGCUCUUUUUAGCAGUGAACUUAAUUGCAACACAUUUUGCGAUCUUUGACUGACAAAAAUGCUGUGACCUGUGUCAGAAAGUUAUUAUGCAUGGUGCUUCUCUAUUGUGUGUAACUUAUAAGGAUGUGGGAUAACCAAGUGGUUCAGCUUCAUGCUGAAGAUCUGCCUGGAGUAUUGUAGAAAGUGACGUAGAAAUGUACUCACUCAUUCGCACUAUAAAGGUUUACUUGAGUUUGUUAGCAGUAUGAUCAGUUAGGAGGGACAAGAGUGAAGAUCUUUUGUUACUGGAAUUAACUCUGUGAAAUAACCAGCCUGAUAAGUAUCCACAUGUUGUAGCAGUGACAAUUAGUGCCCCUGUGACUUGAUUAAUCGCUGCUAGUUACUGUGAUAAAAGGAUGUAAAUCUUAGUUUAGUACACAUGGCAAAUAUUCUUGAUGGAUUUGAUACAGGAGUGAACUGUUGACAAUUAAUAGAACUGAUAAUAAUUAUAAUAAUACUUAAUAUACACAUGAUAUUGUUGCAAGAUGGGCACAAAAUGGGAGAGUAGAUGGGGGAUUUUGUACGUCAUGACCAUGUUGCAGUGCCGUGUACUGCAGAAGAUGCAUCACUGUUUUACUUGAUGAAUAAUGCAUAUUAACCUUGGUUUGUCCAACUUGCUUUGCCUGAACAAAUUUUGUAUCUACAACACUUGUUUUACACACUGACGGUUGUUUUUUUGAAUGGCAUUGCUAUUUCUUCACUUGGCAUGUCUUGAAAGUAUAUUUGUUAACAAUAAACCAUGCACAAUGCAACAAUUUGCGUGUAAACGUUUGCUUAUUAUUUAACGUAUAGCUUAAUCAUGCCUACAUUCUUACAAGAAAUAUUUUCUUUCCUUCAAGUUUGUUCUAUGCUACUGUAUAAUAUUUGAUGUCGUGUCAGUGAUUUUGUGCAAUGCAUUCAAGUGUAAGCUAUAGUUUUAAGAUUGUUGCUCUACACUUUCGUUGAGGUAUAGAACAUGGGAUAUUCAUUUUCUAAUGGUUCCUUACCAGUGUCUUAUGUUCUUUGUUAUAUUUGUAAAAUAGCUCUGAUUAUAUAUACCAUUUAGUGCCUUCCCCCUUAAUGCCUGACUUGUUUGUUUCUGGUUGUCAGACGUGCAUUAUAUUAUUGUUUAAGAAGUGUAGUGAAUUGCAGCCUAUGUAUUCUGUGUUGUAGGCAAGGUCACAAAUUAAUUAAUUACUCGGAAUUGCCACAUACAUUUUCUGUUAUUUUACUUCUUUGUGGGAAUGUUUUGGAUUCCAAAUGUUUUUGUUUUUGUCUCCACUAGAUUUAUUUCCCUACCUGUGCGACCAGUUUUGAUCUGUAUUUUCAUGACAAGGGCAAAUAACUCUAACACAUUUCAUAUCAACUCUUAUGGACAUCUCUGCCACUGUUUGGAUGUCACCAACAUGAAAUAAUUAAAAUCAUCAUUAUUUAAACUGAAGUUUUUCUCUCUUUUUUCUAAAUUAACACAUACAAUCUGUCAAACAAGUACUUGUUUGUUUGUACCUUUAUGAUGUGUUGAACAUUAUUGAAGUUUUGAAAUAUACACUUAAGUAAGAUGAAGCUAGGGCCAAUUUUCAGCCCAAAGCAUCACAUUGUUAGUAUGCUGUAAUGUUUGGUAUCAGGCUAGCAGACAAUAAUAACACUACAUACACAGACAAUGUCCAAGUUUCCCACAUGCAACUAAUUAGACCCAAACUGAGAAGGGGUUUUAGAUUGUAGUAAGUUCCUUUAAGAAUAAAAUGUCAUAAAAUUAAGGGAACCUUGAGGUCUUUGAACUAGGGACCCCCUAAACCUUUAACUUUUAACACUAGGGUUAUGACAAGGACCUCUUCACUUUCAUGCUUAAUUUCAAACACUGGUUCAGUACAAUUAUUUUAGUAAUUGAGCAUCCACAUGAAUUGUGAUGACCAUAAAGCCAUACUUACUCCUACACUUAUUUUCUUUCUUUCCUCUGGGCUAUUUUUCUUUACUUUAUCUCCUUUUCAAGUGUUUUUAUAUUUUGAACUGGUUGUUGGGUUAUCUCCCUUUAUUGGUUAUUGAGGUUAGUGAAUAGGGACAGCAAGGUAUGGCAAAAUGCUUUGUUUAAACCUUGUAAAAGCCAGUGACCAAAGAAUAAAUUGCUAUCGCUUUAAAUUGAAGUGCCAGCCCAUGCUACUUUGAAUGGAUCAGAUUAGGACAACAGCCAUAUGGCAUUAAGAGACAAAUUAAAUAUGUCAGUAUUUAGUCAUGUAGGAUCUGGAAUGGUCUCUCUUAUCAAAGGGAACCUACUCCUGUCCGACUGUCCAGAGUGUAAAUAUAGUCUUGAACUAUAGUCAUUGACUCUCCGUAGUAGAAAACAUGUAGACUGCAAAAUGUGUGGUCUAAUUUGGUUUGAAAACGUUUCAAAACUGAAGGAGAGGUACAUUUAGGGUAAGUAAGAAUCUCAAUCCUAGAAUUUUAGUAGAAACAGAUUGUUGUUAACAGAAUGAACAUGUUAUGUACCAUUAAAAAGUUGUGAUUUGUUUAGUAACAGAAAAUAUAUAUUUUGUUUGCAGCUGCUUUUAGACCAUGUUGGUUUUUUUCGUUCGAUCUUUUAUUUUUUAUUUGUUGGUUUAUAAACCUUUUGCCCCCCAAACCAAUGUUGAAAGUAAGGAAAAAGAAUACAGAACAUUUCAGCUCCCAAAUUGCCUAACAAUUAAAUAAUGAAAAAGAAUUAAGUUUCCACUUUGGAUGACAUGAAGGUUAGUAUUGGUGGUCGAUAUUUCGAUUGUGUUUUAGUAGGUUCCAUGAUCUAUGUAUACACCCAAAAGUUAAGGAGAACACAAGUGUGUUCAUCAGGGUUUUGAAGGAUGAAAACAAGUUCUGAAGUUAUCAAUUUGUGCACAGUAAGGGAAUCCUCCUGCUACAAACUGCAUCACGGGCAUGUUCCUGGGACCACACCUACUUGUCAAGUCUCUUUCAGCCUCCUCCUCAAAGCCUUCUUCUUUCUCUAUUUUUUUUCUUUGCAUUGGUCAAUUUUUGUAAGCCAACUAAUAAAACUAAAAGGUGUAAAUGUUGUGCUGUUGGCGUGUUUGUGACCGUACAUCAGUGAGACUAGUAUGUGUGUGCCCUGCUCCUACAGCCAUUGUUCAUUACCUACAGUGUCACCUGGGACUGUGCUAUCUGCUUGUACUUGCAGAGCAAAUGUAUUGGACCAUAACAAUCCGAUACACUAAAACAAUACACACAUACUUCAUCUGUACUAGUUGACUGCAGGGCGUGGGGUAGCCUAGUGGUUAAAGGGUUUGCUUGUAAUGCCGAAGACCUGGGUUCGAUUCCCGACAUGGGUACAAUGUGUGAAGCCCAUUUCUAGUGGUUCCCCUCACCAUAAUAUUGCUGGAUAAUUACUAAAAGUGGCAUAUAACCCAACCAACUCACUCACUCACUCCAUCAUUUGUAGAUGGUGUAGGGUUACAUCAACUCUAAGAUUGGGUUCGAAUUCCAGAUUUGCCCAAUUUUUGACAUCAGAAAGAUGAAUAUAGUUUGUAUUGGUUAUGUGACCCUAUAUAGAGACAACCCUGAGACAAUGACAACAUGACACCUAUCUUCAAAACAGCUAUACUAUUGUACUUGUAAGUCGGCAUGUGGUUGAUAAGCUGAAGUGGGUUGGGUAAGAGUAAGAUAACAAGUAUUUAUUCUGACAGUACAUGGAAUGCAUUAGUAUAAGGCUACAUAAAUAACUUGUUCUCAGACAGUGAUGGGUGUAGGGAGCAUUGAUGGCCCCAUCAUCGAAGGUGCCGCAAUUUGUUGUGCGGACUUGCCAGAAUCGUGGUUUCAUUGAUGCCCUGAUGAUGUGUCUUGGUUUCUCAGGGCCAUACUUUGGCUUGCUGGUUUCACCAGAACCUGCUUCAGGCUUCCUCACCCAUCAGACACGCCAUGAUGUAACUGAAAUGUUGAAAGUCACUCACUCAAUGUUGUUUGGAAAAUUGAUAGUCAACCUGUUCAUUUUAUUUGUUAAAACAUAAUGUACUCAAGGAUUGUAAUUUUCAGUUUUGUGUUAAGCAGAUAUAUGUUAUGAUUUGACAACGUGGCUGAGAACCAAGUGUAUUUUUAAGGCCGAUCAAUCUUCUAACAACACAUAGACAUUAUUUUACAUGUAUAGUGUCCAUAUGGUUCUUGUAUUGAACAAGUAUUCAUAAAACAGCAUGACAUUCUCUGUAAUAAUAUAGGUUGGUACGAUACCCUGCAUUAUUUAACUCUGUGAUACACUUAAAUUUGUAUCAGUAUAUACUGGGGUAUUGUUUCACCAAUUAUUUCAGUAUUUCUGUACACUAAAUUGUCUGGUACUAAUCAACUGCAUGGAUAUAUCAUACAAGUCCCUUGUUGCACUCUGCUGUUUUACAAAAACAUGACUCUUUACGAAGAUGUGUAAAAAAAAUGAAUCAACUUUUCUUUUCAUCAGUUGUAUGCAAAUUGAGUUCUGCUCCAAAAUAGUGCAUCAUAUCCCUUAUUCCAGUGUAUCACGUCAGUCCUAGUAGCAGCCACCAUUACUUCAUCCAACUUGUCCAACAAUUCAGGAACAUUGAUGUUAACAUUUUUGAAGUGUACAUUAUAUUUACGUACAAAAGACACCUACAGUCGAGCUUACUUGCACAAUCAGUGUGGGAGCUGGACUAUUUACCUUCACCACCGAGGUUGAACAGUUGACGAUUUGAUGAGAUAUCUUUGGCUGACAUUAGCAAAAUUGUUAAAAUGCAGCAGAUACAUAUCUUCUCUUCAAAUAUGUGUUGUCCAGCUUUACAAAGUGUAGUCAUUUGAUAAUUCUUACUAAGCUAUUUUUGUAUGCUAGGCCAGACCAAUUUGAUUCUUUAGUUUCCCAGAGAAUUGAAAAAAACGUCCGUCUUUUCAGGUUUCUUUCAUUUUCCUCCUUGGCUUUUGGACAAGACAAUCUGUAAAACAUGAAAUAAUUUGGUCUGGCCUCAUUAUGAAAUAUUCUGUAUACAAGACAGUGUUAUUAAAUGACUGAUCAAAAAUAAUUGUACAGUUUAAGGAAAAAAUAUUUUUGUUUUGUAUUGGAAGUUUUUCAGAGAAUUACAUGUAUAUUGCCAUAUUAGAUCUCUUAGAUUGUUACAUUAUACAUGUGAGGUGUCCGUCACCUUCAAAGUGUAUCAAAUACCGACCAGAAUCUGACAAGUUUGUUGGUUGUGCUUCUUCAGAUUCUAUAGAAUCAUGCAUGCUCCUCAUACAGUAUUAGCUGUUAUUCCCCAACAUGCAGGGAUGCAGUUCCAUUGGUAUCAGCACAGCAUCAUUGAGUACUGUAAUACGAUCCUUGUAUGUGCGAUACGAUACGAUACGAUACGAUACAAUACAAUACACUAAUUGUUUACUGUUGUCUAUCGAAGACUUGAUCCAUGGCACGUUCUUUUUUCUGGUAGAUUAAUAGCAUGGCCACAGAAGUUUUAAAGAUUGAAUUUAGAUUUUGCAUUAAUGUUAUUUUCAUGUUUGCAAGUAAAACAAGCUUUCGCAAGAAUAAAAUUAUGUAGCAUCAAGGUAUGACGGAAAUGUAAUUGUACGUUUCUACCAUGGAGACCAGCCCAAAUUCCAAGUUCAACAUGUAUGUAUUCUAAAUUACAUCCUGUUAGGGUAUUCGACAAGCUUUCAGACAGCUAGUAACCAUGGUAACACUGAUGAAAACAUCUGAUCAGUGGCGUCAUGUCCUGCACGUUAUUGAAGAUCGGACUUCAGAUCUCGAUGGUGCCGUGCUGUGUUGCAUGCCACUAGAUCACAAUACAUUUUCAGUAGGAGUCUUGUGGUAAGAGCCAUGCGGGAAUCACUGUAGCCCGUGUGUUGUAAUUUUAUGUAUUAUUUAUAUCAUUUAUAAUUACAGAAUAUUUGUUAAA